CUCUCUAGUCCUUUGCGCCCCGCAGAGUGGUGUGCUUUAAUCGCCUUGCGACUCCAGCAUCGCGUCGAAAAUGCAACCUCGCCAGGCUCUGGUUCCGACAUCGUCAUCCUCAUCGACGGGAAAGCAAGUGGUGGAGCUCAAUGGGUACGUUAUCAUCUUGGUGGAGGGCCGAGAUGGAAAAAUCAAAUUGUACGGAUCGCCCGCCGACAAGGACAAUCUGGAGGUGGCGGACGAGAUUUUGGAUAUCAACGAGAGGAAGUUGGAGGAUCUCCCGCGAUCGGAGGUCAUUCGACACAUUCACGAGUGCAUCCAGUCUUGUAUGAUAAAGUUACGAGUGAAGAGAAGGAGUGAUUCUCGACUGGCCGGUGAACUUGGCAAUGCCGUUCAAGAUGCCUUCGUCAUUGCUGUGGAACAACAGGCCAGGGAGCGUCUGCAGCGAUUGUCAGCCCUCAAGAGGAUCACUCCUGUUGACAUGUCACAGCUAUCAAUUAAGCUAAAUCAGCAGACAAAGGGAGCCGUGGCGCAUGAUUUGAGCUUCUUGAAGGAGGCAUCUCCCAUUUAUGUGACUUCAUUCACUGGCAAUCACGUGACUGGCACCACAACGACGACAGUGACAACCGUUGCCAAUUGCAUAACUGGGACCAACAACAUAUUGCCAAAUCAACCGCCACCAUUGAACAAUAAUCAACCAUCGAUUGGCGGAAAGGUGACGUGUGGAGGUGGUGGCAUUUCCAUUGAAACCACUGCGCAAAUUAAUCAUCAUCCAGCGAAUCACACGAGCAGCCAGAUUGGUGUUCAGCCGCCAUCAGCAUUGACAAGUAAUGUGCAGCAGCAGCAACAAGUGACGACUUCAACGAACAAUCAACAAUUCAUAAAUAAUAAUCCUAAUAUAACACUUAAUAACAAUAAUAGCAAUAAUUGUGGUGCUGGAAACACAACCUUUAAUAAUUAUUAUGGAAGUAGUACUAGUGAAAUUCUAGCCAACGGCUACGGACCAAGGCGUGAGCUAGGCACACUUUCGGAGGGAGAUUCUGAGCCGCUAAACGAGUUCCUCGAGACCACUAGCAUAUCAAAGGGAGAGCUGCCAUUAAUUGGUGGCACAGAGGUACUUCUUGGCGAUCAAAGUCUUCGUCUCGAUAGUCGGCCAAGACGCCGAUCCGGAUCCAGUAUUGUUGUUGUGGGCGGCGAGGACUCUAUGAAAGAUCAUCACCACCAGCAACCUUGUGACUUGGAAAUGUUAACGAUGCUGUCUGUAAAUCAGGAUAAUGGUCCACAUAGGGAGAUGGCCGUGGAUGUUCCGGAUUCAUUUAUCGCUCGUAAUAAGACACCACCGCGAUAUCCGCCACCUCGUCCACCGAUUCAGUUGAAUGGAUCGGCCAAACCUAUUCCACCGCCUCGUGAUCAUCUGAGAAUCGAGAAGGACGGCCGCCUGGUGAAUCGGGCGCCGGCUCCGCAAGUGCCCGAUCGCAAGAUAACACUGCAGCAGCAGACGCCGGGUCAAAUAGCACAAAUUGUCGAACCAACACCCGAGCAAUUGGAUAGCAUUAAGAAAUUCCAGGAGCAACUCAGGCGACGUCGCGAGGAGGAGGAAAGGAUAGCGCAGCAGAAUGAAUUCCUGCGGGCGAGUUUGCGGGGCUCACGGAAGCUCCAAGCGCUCCAGGAUGGACCGAUGGUCAUUAAUCCCAUUGGCGUGGAGAAUGAAGCCUAUCUGGAGGAUGAGGAGGUGGAGAGAAUCAUAGGCUACGGCGAGCUGGUGAGUGCCCUGCAGCGCCUGCAGAGUCACCUGAACAAGUACGGAUUGGCAUCGCUGGCGGGCAGAGUGACGGCGGCGCAGAGCCUUCUGCUGGGUCCUGGUGUGGCGCGCUCUCUGGCCACACGAACCGCAGUCCUGCAGCGCCGACGGCCGCGCGUGGCAAAUCCCGUCACGAGCAAUGUGCAGUCCUUGGCCAAGGAUUGCAUGGAAUCGCUGGCGCAGUCAAAUUCGCCGGCUGCCAUUGAGCUGUGUGGCAUUCUGUCGUCGUACGAGAUGGAGGGACUGUUUCAGGCGCACGACCGCGUCGCCACGACAACGGACAGGAGCUGCACGUCGUCACUCCUGGCGACACCGGUGUCAACACCGGUGCCCGUGAAGCCACCUGUUGUGCCACCGCUGUCGGCCAAUGCCGUGAACAACAACUUGACCAUGAAGCAGCGCGAACCCAUUGCCACGCCCGUGGGGAGUCUGCGAGACGGGACGCAGGAUCACAUACGGAUCAUUCGGAUUGAGAAGUCUUCUGAGCCUCUGGGCGCCACCAUUCGCAAUGAGGGCGAGGCCGUGGUGAUUGGGAGAAUUGUGCGCGGCGGGGCGGCGGAGAAGUCGGGCUUGCUGCACGAGGGCGACGAGAUUCUCGAUGUGAAUGGCAUCGAGAUGCGCGGGAAGAGUGUGAAUGACGUGUGCGCUCUCCUCGGCGCCAUGACGGGCACCCUCACCUUCCUCAUCGUGCCCGCCGGGAGUCCUCCGCCGGGCGGCGGCGGCAGGGAUCCGCCUGUGCUCCACGUGAGGUCCCACUUUGACUACGAUCCCGAGGACGAUCUGUACAUUCCGUGCCGCGAGUUGGGCAUCAGCUUCCAGAAGGGCGAUGUCCUGCACGUGAUCUCGCGGGAUGAUCCCAACUGGUGGCAAGCGUAUCGCGAGGGUGAGGAGGAUCAGACUCUGGCUGGUCUCAUUCCCAGUCAGUCAUUCCAGCACCAGCGGGAAUCGAUGAAGCUGGCAAUUGCCGGCGAGGCGGGACAACGUGGGAGGAACAAGGAGCAGACAAAGGGCGCGACUCUGCUGUGUGCCAGGAAAGGGAGGAAGAAGAAAAAGAAAGCCAGCAGCGAAGCUGGAUAUCCUCUCUACGCAACGACGACACACGACGAGCCAGACCCUGAGGAAAUACUCACGUAUGAAGAAGUUGCUUUAUACUAUCCGCGAGCGUCUCACAAGAGGCCAAUUGUCCUCAUCGGACCGCCCAAUAUUGGACGACACGAACUUCGACAGCGACUCAUGGCGGAUUCCGAUCGAUUUGCCGCUGCAGUUCCACAUACCUCACGACCUCGACGAGAUGGUGAAGUUCCCGGACAGGAUUACCACUUCAUUUCGCGGGCACAGUUUGAAGCUGACAUCCUGGCGAGGAAGUUCGUGGAGCAUGGAGAGUACGAGAAGGCGUAUUAUGGGACAUCUCUUGAAGCCAUACGAGCUGUGGUGGGAAGUGGGAAGAUUUGCGUGCUGAAUCUCCAUCCACAGAGUCUAAAACUGCUCAGGGCGUCGGAUUUGAAGCCAUACGUCGUUCUGGUGGCACCGCCGAGCUUAGAGAAGUUGCGUCAGAAGAAAAUUAGGAAUGGAGAGCCAUUCAAGGAGGAGGAACUGAAGGAGAUUAUCGCCACGGCGAGAGACAUGGAAGCGCGAUGGGGUCACUUAUUCGACAUGAUCAUCAUCAACAACGAGACGGAAAGGGCCUAUCAUCAGCUCCUCACGGAGAUCAAUUCGCUGGAGCGCGAGCCUCAGUGGGUGCCGGCGUCGUGGCUGCACAACUGAUCCCGGAGGAGCAAGAGGAUGCGAGUGGAGAAGGUCACGGUGACGCUGUCUGUUUGACGGAGCAGAAAUAGAGGAUGAGCGCGACACGAAGCAGGAUUGCCACAGCACAGAAUCUCUGCCGAUCCUGCCGAUUGUCGCGCUGUGUAUGAUUAGAGACGUCAGUGGAGGAGCAUGAAGGAGUGCUGAGCGGCAGGGAGAAGUAGCAAGACAAGAUGUGCAAGGAGGAAAAGGACACUGUAGUAAUUGACUUUGUGGAAUUUUUUUAGGCAGAAAAAUGACAGCGAUAGGAAAAAGAAAGCGAAGUGUAGAGAAGUAAAUUGAUUGUGCAUGAUGAGAAAGAUAAACAUAAAAUGUUCUAAAUAUUUUUUUCUAAAAGAAAAUUUUAAAAGUGUUUAAAUAAAAAAAGGUGAACAUUAAUAUUCAAUAUUUCUUAUGACAGAAAGGAAGAGAAGAAGUUGGAGAAGAAGUUUCAUAAAAUAUGGUAAAAAUAGUGAAUAUUUGUCGUUAUUUUCUUGAUGGAAUUUUAUACUUUUCCCAAGUGAAUAAGUAAAACAUAAAAAUAGACUUUUUAUUACUUUUCUCGUUGCUCAAAUUCAAUGAUAAUAAGAAGAAGAAGA